AUGUCGAAGUUUUUCCAAGCGAAUAGCUCUGACUCGUCAGAUACAGAAUCGAGUGAAGACGAGGUUCAGGAGGUACAGACCAAAAAACUCACCGCUGCCGCAAACUUGUUCAGUUUGCCCAGCGACAGUGAAGAUGAGGAAAAGCGUGUCGUUCGUGCACAUAAAGAUAAGAAAUUUGAAGAACUGAAGGAUAUUAUUAAGGAUAUGCGUACUGGAAAGUACAACAAAAAUAUUAUAAAAUGCUUAUCAUGCUUUGAUGAUUUGGUGAAAGCCUAUGACCGAUCCAAGACAGUUUUUGCUCGUCAGAAUAUUAGCUACCCUCGCUUUUUCAUUCGUUGUCUUGUUGAGUUGGAAGAUUAUAUCAAUACUCUUUGGGAUGAUAAAGAAGCCAAGUCUGGUUUCUCCAAAAGUAAUGCGAAAGCAUUAAAAGACUUACGUCAAAAACUUCGUAGAUAUUUGAAAGAUAUUGAAGGAGUAGACAAAGUAACAGAAUACAGGAACAAUCCCGACCCUGUUGGGUAUGAAAGUCCAGAAGAAGAAGAGGAGGCUCUUGAUGCGGAAGAGACUGAGGAACCUGCUAAGGCUAGUUCAAAGUCCGCUGACAAAGCGAAGAAACGUUUCGAUGAUUCCGCUGAUUCUGAUAACGAUGGAGACUGGUCUACAGAUUCUGAACCUCUCUCAUCUGAUUCUGAUAUGGAAUUCGACAACAGUGCUAUGGAGGAUCUCCGCCGUUAUUUCUUGAAGAAAGAGUUCCGUGGGGAUGUUGGAGGUAAAGACGAACAAAAGACUGAAAGAAGAAAGAAGCGAUAUGAGAAAAUGCGUGAUGUCAAGACUUUGGAUCUUGUUGAAGAAGAUGACGAUGAAGAAGGUGAAUGGACUCCAAUCACAAAAGAGAAGCCUGUGCAACUUUUUGACCCUAAAAGCGAAGUUACUCAUGAGGCUAUGAUCAGUAAGAUCGAGGAGGUUAUGUCCUCUCGUGGAAGAAUGGGAACUAAUAGAAAGCAACACGUUCGCGUUUUGCAAGACUUAUACCAAAUUGCUGAAGAUAAGAAAUUAGGAGUUGGUAUCUUGGUCAAGCUUUUGUUCAACAUCAUAUCUUCACUGUUCGAGCUUAACACUAAAAUCAGCGAUUUCAUGGACUUCGCUAACUUCACGAGAACCAUGACUGCUGUCAACAGCUUGUUGGAUAUGUUGAUUGCUAACCCCAACGUCAAGUUAUCGAUAAGAUUCACAGAAGAAGAAGAAAACCUAAAGAACGAAGAGGAACCCUACAAAGUGCAAGGAUCUUUCUUGAUGACCGUUCAACGACUAGAUAACGAACUUACAAAGAUUCUCCAGAACGCUGAUUGUCACUCUAAUGACUAUAUUGAAAAGCUGAAGGGUGAAAAGGAAAUGUGCGAUCUCAUCGAUAGAACUCUGCGCUACGUUGAAGAACGAUUCGAUUUAGGAAUCUUUGAUGUUGAUGAGAUCUGCAAAGUAUACAUGAUGCAAAUCGAACAUUUAUACUAUAAAUAUCAUGAAGCUAAGGAGGGCGAAGAGCCUGUAUCCACUGUUAUGGAUCGCUUAUGCAAAAAGAUUUAUCAACUUGAUGACGAGAAGCGAUUGAGACAAAGGGCUAUGCUUUGCCAUAUAUACUUCCUCGCACUUCAUGACGAUUGGCACAGAGCGAGAGACAUGAUGCUUAUGAGUCAUUUACAAGCCAUUGUUGAUCAUUCUGAUACUGACACUCAGAUUUUGUACAACAGAACUAUUUGCCAACUAGGACUUUGUGCUUUCCGUCACGGCUUCAUUAAAGAAGCUCACCAGGGUCUUGCUGAAAUUCAAAAUACUCAGCGCGCAAAGGAACUCUUGGCUCAAGCCGUUACAAUGCGUCAGCAUGAAAAAACAGCUGAACAGGAAAAAGUUGAGCGUCAACGUCAGGUUCCAUAUCACAUGCAUAUUAACGUUGAGUUAAUGGAAUGUGUUUAUUUGAUUUGUUCCAUGCUUCUCGAGAUACCCCAUAUGGCUAGCUAUGAGUUUGAGAUGAGACGUCGUCUUCUUAGUCGCAGUUUCCACUAUCAGCUCAAACAAAGUGAAAAGGCUUCCCUCAUCGGACCUCCUGAAAUGACAAGAGAGCAUGUUGUUGCUGCUUCUCGCGCCAUGCUUGCUGGAGACUGGAAGAAAUGUAGGGAUUACAUUGUCAAUGAAAAAAUGAACCAAAAGGUGUGGAACUUAUUCCGUAAUGCUGAACAUGUGAAAUCAAUGGUAGUAGUCAGAAUUCAAGAAGAAACUUUAAGAACUUACUUAUUGAUGUACUCGACUGUAUACACUACCGUUUCUUUGGAGAAACUUUCUAUUCUCUUUGAGAUGGAUAAGAAGCAAGUUCAUAGUAUUAUCAGCAAAAUGAUCAUUCAAGAAGAACUCUCUGCCACUCUCGAUGAGCCUACAGAUUGCCUGAUUAUGCACCGUGUUGAACCUAGCAGACUACAAAUGCUGGCUCUCAAUCUUACUGACAAGCUUCAAGUUUUGGCUGAAAAUAAUGAACAAAUUUUGGAACCUAGAACUGGGAGAGCUGGCUAUGCUGGACCUGGAGCCUGGUUUACCGGGAGAACUGACAGACAAGGAGAUAAACAAAAAGGAACAGGCGGAUUCCAGGCUGAAGGAAAGCGCGGAGGAACCGGAGCCUGGGGUUCUCAAAACAAUGCAAACUCUCAACGACGACGUGAGCGUGAAUCACAGAAAAGAUUCUAA